CAUUGUCAAUGUCAACCAUUCACUUCGAGUCAGCCCAAAAUUUAUGUAAUUAGUGAGCGUUUAACAAGUCAUUAUUAUCAUCAAACAUCAUGAAGUAUUAGACGUAAGACUCCCACGAAUAAUGCGGUGCCAAAAAGAUCCUGAUGAAAAACUAUCUGAAGUCGCUAACGUGUUCGUGAAAAACCUGGAGAGAUCGAUAGACAAUAAGGCGUUGUAUGAUAUAUUCGUCACCUUCGGUAACAUCGUUAGUUGUAAAGUGGAAGUGGAUGGAAACGGUAACAGUAAAGGAUACGGAUUCAUUCAGUUCGAAUCGCCGGAAGUAGCGGAAAAAUGCAUUGACUCAUUAAACGAUUCCAUUUUGAAUGCACAGAAGUUACACGUUACCAGGUUCAUACCCAGAGAGGAGCGCGAAAAAGAAACCAUGAAGUCCCUGAAAAACGUUUACGUGAGUAACUUCGGUGAUAACUUCAAAGAAGAAACGAUGCGUUCGUUGUUUUCCAAUUACGGACCCAUAACUAGUCUGAAAUUGUUCACCAACGAAGCUGGAAAGUCGCUCGGCUACGGUUUUGUGGGAUUCGAAUCCGCCGACUGUGCCAAAAGGGCCAUCGACGAACUGAACGAGAAAGUCAUCGGAAGCAAACCACUGUUCGUGGGUCACGCCCAAAAGAAUUUGUAUGUUAAGAAUUUGGAUGACGCAGUGGACGACGAGAUGUUGUCCAAGGAGUUCGGUCCUUUUGGCACGAUUACUUCUGCCAAAGUGAUGAAAGACAAUGGCAGAAGUAAAGGGUUCGGAUUCGUCUGUUAUUCCACGACUGAGGAAGCCACGAGGGCGCUAGCCGAAAUGAACAGACGGUUGUUGAUUAACAAGCCACUGUAUGUUGCCAUGGCGCAAAGAAAGGAGGAACGACAAGCGUUUCUGAUCGCGAAACACAAACGUCGCAUGGCAAAUACUCAGUUCAAAACUAACUAUAAUUUUAUUAUAAAUUAAUAUUUAUAUAUACAAAGACUUUUACAAGCCACCUGAUUUUACAAUAUUUAUUAUUCAAUUUAAUAAAGGUCCUUUAGGCUCGACAUUUGAACGACUUGAAACUCCAAUUAAACAGAUUCAAGUUCUUCAAAUUAGAGUACGUCUAGAUAAUUAGGCGAUAACUUAAGGGUAAAAUGAAGCCUUGAAAAAUCUCUAUUAAUUGUAAGAUUCAUUUAAUGGCAAAGAGAACCUUAUAUAUAAGGAUUUUUACAUAUCAUCAACUUUAGUGAUUUUUAUUAUAUAUUAUAAAAUUAUUUUAAUAAAGGCCUUUAAAUAU